UGCUCUUCUUGCUGGUCUUCCCAAUGAUAUACCUCAACAACCGCAACUCUUCCAUUAUUAUCCCUUUGCUCACUCCACUCUUUCAGAUUCCACUCUCAUUCCUGUGCUUGCACAGGUAAAAAAAAAGGAAAAAAGAAAAAAAAGAAAUAGCUCUGCUCUUUCUUUUCAUUUUGGUUAUUAUUUUUUCAAUUCAUAUCAUUUCUUCUUUAUACACAUUCGCUUUCUCUCGUUUGGCUUCAAUUCAAUUCAAUCCAAUCCAAUCUAACCAGUCGGUCAGUCAAUCAGUCUGAUGGACCUCUUCUCAUUUGACCAUGAUGACCAUCCCCAAUUAAGGGAACGCACUUUCUCAGUCGAUUCUGCUCAGGGAAUUGACUCGCCACAGGAAGCGUUUUCAAACCUUUCUGUAAAUUCAACUGGAAACAAUGCAGCUCUCAGUCGCAGCCAUGUCAACAACAGCGAAGGCAACGGCAUAUCCCAUCCUAUCUUAUCCCCUCGUCCCAUUGCCCCCUCCCCCGCAUUUGCCGUUGCUCUCAGAUCGUCGACUCCUACCACCUCCACCACCAAGAUGAAUGCCGAGAGAAUCUGUAACGCCAGCAAUUCUAACCUCGGACUUUAUGAGGCCAAUAACAAUUCGUCCAAACACCUGCCUGCUUUUUUCCAUCAGGUGGAUCGAGAGCAGGCUAUGACUCCAGAAUCAACUUUCCGGUCUCAGCAGCGGGAUAACAGCACCAUUACUGCUGCUACUGCUACUGCUGCCAAGAUUAAGACCCAGUCUUCCAGCAACAACAGCUCAUCACAAAAUAGCGACAAUGAAUCAGAGGGUGUGGAGUACGAAGUCAAAAUUGAUCAGGACUUUGAUGCCCACACUCCUCUAACUGUCGACAGCCGUGGUGUGUCUCCCCGCCCGGGCCAGCACGGAAUAUCCUGUGACACGCUUACAACUGACAUGAAUGGAGUCAAGUCUGCCGCUGUCACUGCGAACGUGUCGCCUUCAGUUGGUCCUCGUCGUCCAAAGCACAAAAUGGUUCCAGAUGACUUCAAGUUUCUCAAAGUUAUUGGUCGUGGAGCGUACGGCAAAGUCUACCUUGUCAGACAUAUUGCUACCAAUGCCCUUUAUGCAAUGAAGGUGCUCAAGAAGGCCUCGAUUAUUGUGCAUGCUAAGGAUACGGAAUGUACAAUGUCAGAGCGCAAGAUCCUAGAAGCUAUCCGUCAUCCAUUCAUUGUCAAGUUACACUACGCUUUCCAGACUGAUCAUCGUCUCUAUUUGAUCUUGGAAUAUGCCAGUGGAGGAGAGCUUUUCACUCAUUUGGCCACAGAGCGAAUGUUCUCUGAGGAAAAUACCGCAUUCUACGCCGCGCAGCUGGUUCUUGCCUUGGAGCAUUUGCACUCCCUUGGCAUCAUCUACCGUGAUCUCAAGCCUGAGAACAUCAUGCUCAACGCCCAUGGAGAUAUUAUCCUUACGGAUUUCGGUCUCUCCAAAGUCCCCUUGGAGAAUUCGGAUGGACGAACCAACACUGUUUGCGGCACUAUCGAGUACAUGGCACCCGAAGUAGUCUCAGGCAAGACUCAUUAUGAUCGUACGGUCGAUUGGUGGUCAUUGGGUAUUGUAGUCCAUGACAUGUUGACAGGUUCCCCACCUUUUGUCGCCAGCAAUCGCAAAAAGACCAUGGAUGCCAUUUUGAACAAAAAACUAAAUCUUCCAUACUAUCUGUCGUCAGACGCAAAGGAUCUCUUGACAAAAUUGCUGAAACGUACACCUUCUGCUCGCCUUGGAUAUGGACCCAAGGGCAUCGAGAACAUCAAAAAUCAUCGAUUUUUCCGUAAAAUCAACUGGAAAUUGCUGGCUCUUCGUGAGCUGGACCCUCCUAUCGUACCUUUCCUGUCCGAUCCUGAAAGUGUCGAGAAUUUCAAUUCAGACUUUACAAGUCUACCGGUGCAAGAAUCGCCAAUUUUAAUCCACAAUUCGAGUAUUCAUGGAUUCACCAACGGACAUGGCGUGGGCGUAGAUCAGAACGGUCGAACGACCGCUCCAAAAAUAGUCUCUGACCAUCAUACCCAAUUUUCAGGACUCCCUGUCGAUGGUGUUGGAGAGAGUGAUCAUCAUCCAGCUGGUAUACCCAUGGCCAAGACACGCUCUAGCUCGCCUGACCGUCAUCAUUUCCAGGACUUUAGCUACAUUGCAACUUCACAUCUGCCUUCGCUGGGAUAUCUGGAUCCCCUAGACGAUCCCUUGAUUGAGCAUUGACUCUUCAUGGACUGCGAUCAACAUGACGAUCAAAGGAUGGCAUGGGAAAUCAUUAAUUUAAAGGAUUCUUCAAAUAGAAUGGUACUUUUAAUUACUCUAGGUUAUAGAAUAAAAAAUAGAUACGAUCGAUAUAAAGAAAGUAG